AAUGUUAAUGAAAAUACGUCUGAAAUUUCUGAAACUACAAAUUCGGACGCGAAUAAGGAAAAGGAUGAAUCUACAUCUAAUUUAACUAUCGGAAACUCUAAUUCAACAAGACAUACAAGGGUAGAGGAUGAAAAGGAUGAUUACAUUGAAAAUACUGACUUAUAUGGCGAAAAUAUAAAUAACCAUGACAAUGAAAACGUAAACAAGAACGACGAAUAUGAAAAAAUCACUAACGAUGAAAAAAAAAAAGUCUACAUGCAAUUUUGA